ACUAAAACUUUUGCUUGGUCGGUCAGCAACCAUGCAUGGAAACUGAUUAGUAUAAUGAUAUAACCCAACCGGCCCAUUAUUCAUAUAGAGCGUUUCCCUUUUUGUUUUCCUAAAUAGUUAUAAAUUCAAAACAUGGAACAGUGGUGGAAAUCCAUCUUGAAUUCUAAGACAAGCAGAUUACAACAAAAAAUGAGAAAGAAAGAACGUAGAAAUUAAGUAAAGAAAGGAAGACUCAUGUCUGGCCUUACUCUAGGACUGAUGUCCCUCAGCCUCGUUGAUCUGGAAGUCCUCAUCAAAGCUGGCAAGCCAGAAGACAGAAAGAAUGCUGAAAAGAUUCUCCCUAUUGUCAAGAAUCAGCACUUGUUGCUCUGCACACUCCUCAUAUGUAACGCCCUAGCCAUGGAGGCACUUCCUAUUUUCGUUGAUUCUCUUCUCCCCGCCUGGGGUGCUGUGUUAAUCUCAGUUACACUCAUACUCACAUUUGGAGAGAUUAUCCCUCAAGCUGUGUGCUCCCGAUACGGAUUGAACAUUGGUGCCAGGCUAUCAGUAGUGGUUCGACUGCUAGUCAUAAUUGUUUUUCCUCUAUCAUACCCCAUCAGUAAGCUUUUGGACUUGCUGCUUGGGAAGGGGCACUCUGCUCUGCUGAGGCGUGCGGAGCUGAAAAUACUUGUCGAUAUGCAUGGAAAUGAGGCAGGAAAAGGGGGUGAAUUGUCCCACAAUGAAACAACCAUUAUCUCUGGAGCACUAGACUUGACUGCAAAGACAGCGAAAGAUGCAAUGACACCAUUAUCUUCAGUAUUUUCUCUAGAUUUUAAUGCUAAACUCGACAAUGACACAAUGGGUCUAAUAUUGAGCAAAGGGCAUAGCCGGGUGCCUGUCUACUUGGGAAGCCCGGCUAACAUUGUUGGGCUUGUACUGGUAAAGAAUCUAAUAAAGAGCCGUCCAGAAGAUGGGACUCCAAUCAGAAAUCUAACCAUACGAAGAAUACCAAGAGUUCAUGAGUGCCUACCACUGUACGACAUACUAAACCAAUUCCAGAAAGGGCAAAGCCAUAUGGCCGUAGUGGUUAAGAGCACUACUCCCCUGAAUGAUGUUAUAGAGAGUGCAAGUUCAAAAUCAAAUUUGGCACAGAGACAGACAGACAGAACCAUUAAUGUCGAUUGUUUAGUUUCUAUCCCUCAUAGAGAUGAAGAAGUUCUUGGCAUAAUAACAAUGGAGGACGUUUUAGAAGAACUACUUCAGGAACCAAUAUAUGAUGAAACUGAUGAUUAUGUUGACUUGCAUAACCAAAUUAAAAUCAAUCUGAUUACUAAUGGGAAAAUGUCAUCACAAUCUCCUGGAAAGCUGCGUACCCCAACAGCUUCUCCCUAUUCUUCGAGCCAUCAAACGCCAUUUUCAUACCACCAGACAGCUCUGAUGCGCUCCCCCCUCUCUCCCUACAUUCAGUCGCCUAUUAGCAGUCCACAUAUUUCAUCUUCCGCUGGAAACUCUGCACCGGCUUCUCCAGUUGGAAUCAAGCAUCCUCAGGGCUCUCCCUCUAUCUACAAUCAGGCUCAACAAAAAUCAUACGAGAAGUUUAGAAGGCUUGACCAUCCAUAACUUAUCGUCUUCUUAAGAUUGAAAUCAGCAGGUUGGCAUCCUGACUGUAAAAUUGUGAGUGCAUUGUUCCGUAUGUAAUAUUUAGUCUCUAUAUAUGAAAUAAUCUGCUUAGAUCUGCUACCAAAGCCAAACAAUCAACUCUGUACAAACUAGAGCAGCAUACAGUUCAAUUUCUAACUAAUCAUCAAACUGAUCUUGUUCUCAUA